UUUCGGCUGUAGACUCUACACACACAUAACACACAUCAGUUGGUUGGACAAGUCAUCCGGAGAAAGUUUUCCUCCAAUCCCGUCCCGAUUAUUUCUUCUUCUUCUUUUGAUCAGGAAAAAAACUCAAAUUAAAUUGUGUUAAAUUUGACCUAUUGCAGCGUGAAUAAUCGUGUUUGAUUUUGAACGAGACACCGAUUUCAAUAGGAAGAAAAAGAAUCAAAGGAUGUUGCCGGGAAUCGGCCAAAAGACCAUCAAGUCCAACUAUCGCAAAUGUCAAACGCUUCACUUCCACGACGGAGUGCCUCUGCCUAAAGCCAGCAGCAGCAGCAGCACGUCGUCAUCAUCCGGAAACUUCAUCCCGCCGUCUCCGGAGGAUGACUAUGACUACGAUCUACAUCGAUUCCGGCCGCCUCAACUUGUCGCUGCCAGAUCGGCCGUUCAUUUCGAACGUGAUUCCAAACACAUGGAUCGUGAGCUGGCUGGUUUAUCACCGCCAAUCUAUCCUCCUUACAAGGCGGAUGCCAGCCGACCGUUUAUACCCAAAACGGUCCUCUACGACCGACUGACUCUGCGCUUCGAUGGGUUCUACUUUGAGGAUUCGCUUGCCUGGGGCUAUUCCCGCAGGGCCGUCCACCCGGUCAAGUUGUGUUACUAUCUGGAGGACGACACGAUCUCGGUUCACGAGCCCGUCACUCCGAAUUCCGGGCGUCCGCAAGGGAAACUUGUCCGCCGCCAUAAAGUUCUCAAGUCCGGUCACGAAACGAAAGAUGAAGACGGACGUGGUGGUGCUGGACGAGACGACGAGAGCCCUGACAAAUACUGGCACUGGAAAGAUUUGAAUGUGGCGUCAGACGUUGACAUCUUUGGACGUCGAUUCCGGCUGACCAACUGCAACCAAUGGACCAGAGAAUUCCUGAUGAGCGCCGGAAUACAAGUCAACGCGCCGGAAGACGUGCCGGAAUCGCAUCCGCCUUUGAAGAAUAAGAACGACGCCGCCGCUGCGGCCUCACGAUCCCGUUCUGCACCGCAGCGACGAAACCAUCCGCUGAAAAAGUUUCUAGAACACGACGGCCAAAUUCUCAGAUUCGGCUGCGUCUGGGACCGGCGCAAUGAAGAGAACGUAGGGCUGGAUGAGCGACUGAAACCGUACGUGAUGCGCUACUUCCUGGUGGACGACACGAUCCAGAUCACCGAUGCGGAAUUCGAGAGCAAUCAAAAGCGAGGCCUGUACAGCUCCAACCGAGCCCAGGAGGCGGUUCUGUUGCGACGCCAGAGAUUACCCAAAGAACCGAGACCCAUCAUGACAUCGCCAGCCGAUGCGGCUGACAUCACCUUCUACGACCCGCAGGAUUUGAUGCUGGCCAAUGUCAUUUCUGUUCACGGUCGACGGUUCGUGUUGGUGGAAACGGGCGACGACUUUACACGAUCUUUUUACCGCAAUCAUUUCGAUGUCGUCGACUUCACUCCCGUACAAUUGGAUUAAACACGUUCUUCGAAUUUUUUGACAUUGAAACAC